AUGGCACGUCCAACAGAGAGAACAUUUAAUGAAUUUAAUUUAAUAGAACAAUUUAAAAAAGAAAAAAUAAAAACUUUAAUAAAUCUUCAAUGUGUUAAUGAACAUGAUUUUUGUGGUCCCCAAUUAAUUACUCAUACGGGGUUUUCUUAUGACCCAGAAAUUCUUAUGAGUAGACAAAUUUAUUAUUAUAAUUUUGGAAUUCCUGAUUUUGGUACAAUUUCUGUUCAUUCAAUUUUAAAUAUUGCUAAAGUUAUUUGGUUUUCACUUAAAAAAGGCCGUGUAGCUAUUCAUUGCCACGCUGGUCUUGGUAGAACAGGCACAUUAAUUGCUUGUUUUUUAGUUUGGGCUAAAGGGAUAAGUACUUCUGAAGCUAUAGAUUUUGUACGUAAUGCAAGGCCCAACUCUGUCCAAAGUUUGGAACAAAUAAAUGCAGUUGAAGAAUUUUCUUAUCAUGUUUAUAAAAACGGCACAGCUUUGCCUAAUUCUUUAUUUAUUUCAAAUAAUGGAAUGAUUAGUUUAAGACAAUUAAUGACACGUCAAAGACAAUUUCUCCCAAAUGAACAGGCACGUAGAUUUGCUCACAUUCCAAAGCUACUUUACAUGCUUGGAGAUAAUCUUCUUCGAAUGGUUUUUGGACCUCAAGGAAUCUAUUAUGCUCCUUUAACUGAUAAACAACACCAUGCCCGUUCAUGUACUUUUGGAACAAUUCAUGUAAAUUGGAGAAAUGCUUUUACACCCAAAGGAAAAUUACAAGUUCGUCAAGUAGUUAAUUUAUUUGCUCGUUGUUCGGCAUUUCCUUAUGAAAAAGAUCAAAAUUUAAUUGGAAAGUUUCAACAAAUUAGUUUGGUUACUAUUGACUCUCUAAUUAAAGAAAUGGAUAUUUCACAAUUGAUUUCUCUCUUAAAUGCUUUUUUGGAAUCAAUUAAAAGACCUUAUUGUUCACGUCGUGUAUUAAUCGAAGUAUUAGGCCAAUUCUCUCCUGAUAAUCCAAUUGAACCAAUUAAUACCCAAUUAAUUGAGGAAAAUAAUAAAAAUGAAGAAAAUUUAAGUAAAAAUGUAGAGAAUGAAACGAUUAAACAAAUUAAUGAAAAUUUAAAUUUGGAGGAAUCUAAAAAUGAAGAGGAGGAGAAGGAGAAGGAAGAAGAACAAAAAGAAAUGUUGCCAUCCACUAGCAAUGAUAAUGAAAAUGAAAUUAGUAGUGAUAAUAAAGAAAUUGAUGAAAUUACUAAACAAAUCGAAAAUAAAACUCUUAUUAAUGUAAUGUUGCCAUCCACUAGUAAUGAUAAUGGAAAUGAAAUAAAUAAUAAUAAUCAAGAAAUUGAUGGAAUUACUAAACAAAUUGAAAAUAAAACUCUUAUUAAUUUGCCAUCCACUAGCAUUGAUAAUGGAAAUGAAAUUAGUAAUGAUAAUCAAGAAAUUGAUGAAAUUACUAAACAAAUUGAAAAUAAAACUCCUAUUAAUGAGAUAUCGGAUGAGGCUGCUAAAAAUGGGAGGACAUCACUCGAUGAAGAACAAAAUUUAAAUGUAAUUACUGAAUUACCAAAUAAAAAUAAAUUAGAAAAAAAUUCAAAACUUUCAAUAUCUGCUGGAAAUUCAAUUGAAAGGCCGACAACAAUGGAUACAGAAUAUGAUAGUUAUUAUGACAAUAAUAAUGAAUUCUAUUUAUUUGAUAUUCAAGAUUUACACACAAAUAAAGAUGCUAAUUUAUAUGCGGACUGGCAAUGUAUUGUAUUUUAUGUUUGUAAUAUUUUAAGAGAAAAUUAUGAUUCUGUUGUUGAUUUAUUAACUUUUUGGUUUGCUGGGGACAGCAAUAGAGAUGUUAAACAAGCAAUUUAUUGUCAUAUGCGGGAUUUAUUUGCAAGAAAUAUGCGUCAACAAGAGCAACAAGCAACUGCUUGGAGGCAAAGAAUGGGAUUACCUGAGAGACUUAAAAAUUAA